CGGGCCCCUUUGUGACGUCACAAUCAGCUGUUUGAACGUUCUAAUUUCUGCUCGGGGACCAGCUGGGCGAGGAGCGGUUCCGGAGGAUACGGCGGCGGCGGUGGUGGCGGCAGCCCGGGCGCGCCCGCCGCUUGGCCCUUCUCGCCUCGGGGUGUUUUUGGUUCGCAGGUUUUUUUUCUUCUCGUGUUGUUUUCAAUUAAAGCUACCUCAACAGACUCUACCUGAAGCUGGUGCUUUACUCUAUUUAAAAUCCCGGAGGCUUUCUCGUGGUGUUCUUGUUUACAAAGCAGUCGAUGACAUUAAAGGCAAGGCCUUUGCACUGAAGCCAAGUGAAGAACCUCAUAAUUGCACUAUACAUCAUUUAACUCAGCUAAGAUUUUGCUAGCUGUGAAGCAUCUCCUGCCACUGGAAAGGACUCCUCCACCAAGACAGAGACACUAAGCUCCAUUGUCCUUUCUGGCCCCUGCCUGUGGCGCCUGCCUCCACGCUUUGAGGCCAGCACUCAGCAGUAGCUUCAUUCUUCUUUCCUCUCAUCAGACCAUUCCCCAACCAUGUUCCAGCGUUUUACCAGCCUCUUCUUCAGUGACAGCAACACACCAGAGGGCCUGGAGGAGCCCAAACCCUUUGUCUCUGAGGAGGAGGAGGAGGAUGGAUGGCUCAUAAUUGAUCUUGCAGGUAGUUAUGCCUCAACCUCUGGCGAGGAGCAGAGGGUAGGUGAGAGAGCUCCCGUUUGCACGCCCCGGCGCUGCCCGGGGUCCCCCCCGCCUACCACUUCUUCGUCCCGCUCGCUCCGUGACUGUGUCGGCAGGCCCGCGCCCUCCCAGCCCGACCCCUGCUUGAUGGACGAGAGUUGGUUUGUCACCCCUCCCCCCUGUUUUACUGCAGAAGGCCCCGGCCUCGACAGCAUGGAGAGCAACCCCAUGGAGGAUCUCCUCAUCGAGCACCCUAGCAUGUCCGUCUAUGUCACCAGCAACAGCCUCGUGGUGGACAGGGAGAGCCCCGAGGAGAUGAGCGAAGGGGAGGUGCCGGAGCCGCGGCUGGAGCGCCACGCGCCGCACCACAGCACGUCUCUCACGGUGAAGGCAGCCAUCCUCGAGAAGGUCAGCCAGGCCCGGCGGGUGCAGCGGGCCAAGCAGCUGGCAGAGAGACACCGGCUCAGCCAGAAGGCCCUGCAGCGGCAGAACCGUGCCCGGGAGCGCCCCUCGCGUAGGAUCAAGCAGCAAGGCGGGAGCUUCGUCCACCAACCAUGCCAGCGCCACUGCAACUACUAACCUCCGUCGGGAAGCCUGCUCCACCGGGGCAUUAUCCGUUCAGCUCUCAGCUUCACCUCCUCUCUCAUAACACUUUCUCCAGCGGAGGGAGGCUUCCGCCUUCCUCUGACAUAAACCCCUCCCCAGGGAGAGCUGCUUCUCUGCUCUCCCCACUAGCAACACUAGUUACGCCAGCCAACCCUUGCCAGGCUGCAGUUUCACCCAACCCCCUCUUACACCCAUGUACUUGACCCCUCGCUCGUUACCUUCCUCCCCUCCCUCGUCUGCUGCUCCCUGCUCCCUUCCCUCCCCAAAUGCAGACUGAGCUGGACCCGUGAAGAAGUCACCAGUGCAGUGUGGCCUCAUGAGGCUGUAGGUCUGCUUUCAAAUGUCAGGAGUUACUCAAGCCCAGUUAAAUUUCAUGAAAUAACAUGGGUGUAAACAGUUAUCCCCAAGGAAACGAGGCUUCCUUGGUCACGUUACCCAUCAGAGCACACCUCUCUCCCUUUUGCCCCCCAUCUUGCAUGCGUUCUUCCGUCUACCCUUCCAGUGAUGCCAGUAUUUAAAUGGGAAAUUGGUAUUCCCGGUGAAAUCUCCCAUUUCCAAAACUCAGGACCAGGGCUAUUCUGAGUUUAUGGAAAAGCCUGUCUUUUGUGUACUAAGGAGCCUGUGACAUCAGUGCCUUUUUUUAUGACAUCAUGCUCUUCUCCACAUAAACAGACUGUGAUGUCACAAACGGAGAUACCAAGCUGAAGUGAAAAGAGGAACAAAACAACAAGAUUUGGUAUUCUUAGGAAAAAUGUAAUCAGUGACACUAAAUAAGAAUAUUUCUUCCCCUCCCUGCCUCCCCUCCUCUCUCCGUCCCUCCUGGUGUCUCUCCAAAGCAGAGAGGAACCCUGACCCUCUCUGAGAGGCGCCGCGUGGUAGCUGGGCUUGGGUGUCACCCCCAAGCCUCACGCCGAGGACACUGCUGCUCCGCGCAGCGGCACCCCGCUUGCCGGGAGCGAGCCACGGCAGCUGGACACUGCUCUGACCUACAUCCCAGGCCCAGUGUCGAGACGAGGCAGUUCAGGCUGCGGCAGCUGCAGGUCGCUGCAGCCUUGCAGGAGAUCCAGCCCACGUGAUGCUACAUUGCCUCUAACCCCUCUCAGCCUUUAAAAAAGGAGAAACAAAGUACCAAGUCCAGGCUGUUCUUUGGGAGUUUCUGGGUUGCUGUAGGGAGUCUCACUGCCCUUGCUCUGCCUGCUCCAAACUAGUCGUGACUCUUAGGCAGCUCAUUGCCCCUGGGGAGGCAACCAGGACCUCCCAGUAGGGUUUGAAUAAACCAGCAUUGCCCAUGGCAGGAAAAUUCUGGUUCAGACAAAAAUAAAACCAGCAACCCUCAUCUUCCCCUUUCCUUCCCAAAUUUCUUCCUUACAAUUUUAGCUUGACAAUACAAAACCGCCACUAUACUUCCCAAAAGAGCUUGUCCCAGGCAGAGGGCUGAUGGAAGUAUUUGCGGGAGGGUCAUCCAAGUGAUUGAAAAUACCACAGAUGAUCUUCAGAGCCAAGGUUUUGCUACUGAUCAAGAAAGCACACAGGAAGAACGGUUCGGCAUCUUUCUAGCCUGCUGACAUCUUGAGAAAGGCUCUGCCCACAUGGCUUGGGUGCCCUCCUGAAGCCAGUGCCCUGCGGAAAUCCAGGCAGGUCUUGGUGUUUUGUAUUUUUAAAGACAACCUUAAAAAAAAAAAAAAAUCUCAGGAAACAAGACACUAACCCAGCUCUAAGAACAUGCCAGCACCUUGCAGGAGCAGUUCAACCAGCCAUUCCUCGCUGUGAAGACAGAGAAGCAAGCUCAAGCGGAAAGGGAGGCCAAUCUAUCUGAGAGGCAGAUGUCCAGUGCAAGUACAUCAGUUGGACAGCAACAACCCCAGAUGAGCAUUGAUCCCACCGAGCUGCUGGUUGUACGUGUUUGAGCAAGCCUUGUCCUUUCUGUGCUCCCCACUCCUGGAGCGACUCAGUUGCCCAAGCCGUCUAUAUAUGUAUAUAUAUAUAUACACAUAUAUAUGUAUGUAUGUAUGUAUAUAUGUAUAUAUGUAUACAAACAUAUACUUGAAAGAAGCACCAUUUAAGCCGAGGAACACUGGCCCUCCAACGUUCAGGGCCUGCUGUCCAUAGCAAGGCCUUCUGGGGUGAAGAGCAGUGCCCACCUCCACGGAAGGAAGUGACGGUUCCUCGAUAACCCUCAUGGUCCUGGGAGAUUCUCCCUCUUGCUGCUAUCACUGCCGGACAGCUGCCCUGCAUUAAUCCCUGGAAGGAAAGUGGAGAAGGAGACUUGCACAGCUUCUCUGAGGUGGUUAAGUAUGUUGAAACUGGGGGUGAAGGGAUGUGAGACAAGAGAGGAAGUGAGGGAGAUGUGAUGUGAAAGAGAGAUCAGAGGAAAGAGGCCAAACUAAGGUAAAAGAUGGGAAUGGGAGCAGCUGAGAAGUGCCAGUCCCAGGAGAAGAGCUGUAGACCAUAUUCCUGCCUCCCUGGCAGGAGAAGAUGAGGUUGUCCUACAGCUGUGGCAACCCUGCUGUCCAGUGCAGCUGGGUUCAGGCAAGAGGUCCAGUGUGGUGAGAAUGUCUAUAGGAAACCCAGGGGUUUGGCACUGCUGUUGGACUAGAGCCAUAAAGUGAACUCCCUUUCUAUCCCACUAAAAAUUGCAUACUUUGACAAGAAGGGCCAAAUUCAGUCCUGGGGUAAUGCUGCUUUUUAAUGCAAAUCCCUCCCCUCCCCAUGAUGGACUUGUCCUUGACUCAUUCUACCUUUAAAAGGACACUGUCAAGACUGACAAGGAAAAACCUGUUCCAACAACAGCCAAGAUCAAUAAACAGCAGAAAUUUGCUAAAAUCUCUUGGCUCCACUCCUGUGCUUUACUGGUUUUGCACCCCGUGCCUGGGGUAAGGAUCCCAAUCUGUUCAUCGCGUCCUGCUCAUGGUCAGCAUCACAGAUAGUUGCACGGUGCUGCUGAGUUUGGAUUUCCACCACCUGAGACAAUAAAUACCCAGCCUCCCCAAAUCAUGAUUUCACUGAUGUUUCUUCCAUUCAACAUUGUUAAAUCCUUUAGUGUUGCUUUGUGAACUGUUUUCAAGUGAUUGUGUUAAGUCCAACCUCAGACUGCUGAAAAUCUUUUUUAAUGAGAGAAAAAGAAAACCUCUUACCAGCCUCCAGGAUCUGUGACUGAGAAGCCUGGAUAGCAUGGAGAAUGGUUGAUAUUGUUUGUCUGCAGAGUUUUUCUGUAGCUCUGAUGACACAGUAUUUCCAAAAGCACAGAGAGUGAAAACUAUUUCAAAUAUCUAUUUUAAGCCACGCUUUGGAGCCUUUCAGUUCUUCCAGGCCAGUUUCUUUUAAAAGUCCUACGGGAAUAUGCACAGAGACCUGGAGCCCUCAUAACACAAGUGACCCGAAAGUUCUCGUGUGAUGUGGAAAUGCAUCCUGCACUGCCCUGCUACAUAGCAGCGGUGCAUGACAGAGAGCAAAACACGGUGCUGGCUGCUGUGCUAGCGGAAAGAAUGUGUUGGUAGCUAUGGCUGCUGGCAAGUCCAAGAACGAGGCACAGGCCCCGAUUCAUAUUUUAUGUCUGACACAUCCUCACAUACCUGCAAAGAAGGCCCAGUCCAGGUCUACCUUCUGUAGCUUGGUCCCGUUUCUAAUAGAAACCGGAUUUCAAAACCUGUUUUCUAUUUUCAACAGAACGCAGAUCAAUCUUCAUAGGCAGGAAAUGAGCUGUUUGUUCCUGUGCUUUUUCAUCCUUUCUGGUAAAUACAAAGGUACUGGAGCUUGUUUUCACAGAUGAUAGUUUAUCAGCAGAGUGAGAAAGAGAGAGGCCUUGCAAAGUCCUCAGUGAUCUCCCCCCUCUCGUUUGCCAUCAUCACUUCUUGUCUCCAGGAGCUGGAGUGGAGAAUGGAGGGGUGAAAUCACGUUUCCUCACUGCUGAAAAUAACACCAAAUUGGAGACAAAGAUGUGCUAUUCCGUUUGCAACUUAUUCUCCACUAGACACUGAUGACUCCUUGACUGGAGGGGAAAGUUUACAUCCUUUUACAUCCCUGGCUUCACAUUAAAUGCCUUUUUUUUCUAAAGCGAUCCCUAGUAUGAGCUGGGCACGUUGCAUUUUUAUGAACAUUGACUAAGUGCUUGUGAAGACAGGAAUGGGAUAUUCUUGAGCACACAAGUGUUUCCUAGAAGAGGUUCAAGCAGCAAAGCAGGGCUGGGGCUGAAGUCUGAGUGCUGUCUUCCUCGGUCGUCGCUCUUUCCCACCGCCUCUGGUUGAUGAGCUCUGCUGCCACCCGGCUGCUUCCUGCCCAGCCAACAGCUUUAGAGGAAUAUUUUUCUUGCUAGCCCAGAUGUACGUCAAGAAGUGGACAAUCCUGGCAAUUUUCUGCCUUCCAGCUGUCUUUUACCUCUUGCUAUUGCAAAUUGUGGCAUCUGAGGUGUCACAAGUUCCUCGAUGGCCCCCCUCCUGCGAGCUCCCAAAGCCCUGGGGCUGAACGCGACUCCUUGCGUCCUGCCCCCCCCCCCCCCCCCCCCAGCUUCGAGGUGAAAACGGGCUGGGGACAGCAAGGCUUCUGGGAAUGCCGACCGCCUGGGUGCAAACCGUUCAUGUCUCACAAACCUGUGCUUCCCGUGUCUGCUAAUCUUCUUGCAAACGUCACCCCAGUAAGAAAGCCCUCUUCAAAACCGUCCUCUGCUUUCCUUCUUAUCCCUCUUGAACCAGGUGGAAUUGAAAUUCUUGGCAAACCUGAAGAGCUUGACGGUGCCGGGUGAGUCCCCCAAGCACUGCUGGAGCAGCAGCCCUGCUUGGGACGGCUGCCGACCGCCAGGACGUCAGCGCCCAUCAUCCAUUUCAAAUGGCUAAUGCUGUUAUUAUGGCCUAUUUUUAGGAAGCGAAUGCAAAAUGUUUUAUUUUCCUUUCUUCUUUCUGUGCCAGUCUGAGACAUCUUUCACCACGCUACUCCCAGCCAACACAGGAAACAAAGCAGAACUAUUAUCACACUUUAUGUCAAGAAUAUGUUUAUAAAGGGUUAAUAAAUUAUUAAUAAUGUUUUAAUUAAGAGGUUAAUCCAGAGCUGUCGAAUCCCACAGGUCGGUGGAGCGCUCUUACCAUGGUAUGUAGGCUCCUAUGGUACCCCCUCGUUAUUGUUUGCAAACUUGCUCACGUGUUAACAUCUAUUAAUCACUUAUUAACCCUGUACAAAGUGAAUAUUAAUGCACCUAUUAUAAAGUGUGACCAACACUUCUCAUGCUGUGGCAGAGAUGUGUUUGAACUGUGCUUUGCAGAAGACUUGCAACGCUCCUGUCCUCUAUAAUAAUGAUCACUAGAAGAACAGGUCUGAUACCAAAUCUCUUGCCCCAGUGUUGUAAGAUCAAGAUUUACACUGAGGUUAUAUGAGUCUCCUUGUAUCUUAAAACAAAUGAAAGGUGCUUAAAACUGAGAACUUUUGUGUGUGUGCACGUGUAAAUAUUUUAAAACACAGUGUGGAUGUUCAGUGGGUUGUUCUGAGGUGUGGGUUUUUGUUUUUUAGUUUUUUGCAUUUGGUAUUUUCAAUUUGUGAUUAGCUGUGUGAUGCUCCCAGUGGGAAGUUUAAGCAAGCACGGCACUGGCUGGCAAGGAGGGUCUUGUGCUGAUGUCCUGCUUAAAUGGGUAGAUUGAGUUUUUGAGGUUUUUUUUUUCUUUAAUUGUGUAGGGGGGAACUACAGCAUGGACUCAGGGAUAAACAAAUAUGCUGGGGUCUUUAAAAGUGCGUAUUUCCAAAUUCCUCCGUUCGGAUGUAGGUUUUGUUUCUGUCUGUGAGGCUGUUUGGUUACUAAUCUGCAUGGUCCUGAAGGAAUCUUAGCACUGUCGGGAUGUUUCCAUUAACGUUGUCAGGAAGCCUCUCUCAGCAUGCCGCGGGUGACAGGCUCUGCUGGCUGCUGCUUGUUGGAAGAGAAAUAGGCUUUAACUGGCACUGACAUCUCCACCACCGAGUGAAAGGGAGCCACGGCCACUUCCUUGUGCUGAAACCGCCCACGAAUGGCAUCCCCACUUACGUAGGGCCCGAAAAGUCACAUUGCAAUUGCUAGAAUGUAGCCGAUCCCUCCUUAGGCCUGGUUUUGUUGUAAAUAACUAGGUACAGGUUUUAAGCAAUAUGUCUGAAAAGACAUAAGAGCCCGGGAGGACGGUGGGAGGAAAUCCAAGCAAAGCUGUUUCCUCUGUAAGCCGCAGCUGGCCUGGCUCCCACCAGGUCCCUGGGAUCAGAGGGCAGCCAGGCUGGGGGAAGCAGUUGGAGCAAUCACAGAGAGAAUUGCUAGUGCAGGGGACAGGCCAAUUUGUUAUCUGUUUUUUUUUUUUUUUUUUUCCCACUCUGCAGGGAAUUUUUGUAUUUCUUGCAAGAAAAGCAUUAAAAAAAAAAAAGAAUUCCCUAGUGGAGAGACCUGGGCAAACCUUUGUUCAGAAAAAAAAAAUGUCAGCUUUGCCUCUGCAGCUUGACUGUGCCGCAGGCGUGGUUGGCAGGGGCUUUAAACCGGAGCUGCUUCGCUGAGAGCCCUUGUGCUGCCACCGGGAUUUGGGAGCUGGCGCUCGCCCAGAUGUCAGCUUCCCAGCCCCACCCUGAUAAGCUGGGGAGUAUUUUGGGGAAGACUGUGCAAAGUGAAUGGGCAGAGCAGGGCAGGAAUGGGAGCAGGCAGCGGGGGGAUGAGCCCCAUGGGACUUCCCCUGCACCCACCCCGCUGAGCCGACCCACAUCAUGGGGCAAUACUUUCCACCCUCUGAGAGUGUCGUGGUUUAGGGAAUCUUCAAAGCAAUGCGCAGGAGAUUUGCAUCUCAGUUGCCUUCUUUCACUAUGGGGCAGGGCAACCUGGCGCAAUACCAGCGCUAUGGAUCACUGCUUCUAAACUAGCUCUUGAACCCCUUGAAGUGAACAGCAAGGCUCCCAUGACUGUCAGAAGGAGCUUGGGAGAGGCAGCCCUCCUGGAGAAGUGCCACUCUUGGAUAUUAAAGCCAGAUUGCACCAGGACGCACUGAAACCCACGUGUUCCUCCUAGGAACGUGUGCAACGCACCUCCUAGGGCAGCUCCCUGGAAUGGCUCUGCUUCGCACACUGUGCAAACGCAGCCUAACAGCCACUGCAGUCAUGGCCCUUUAAUACACAGGGCACCUCACUAGCAAUGCACAGGAGCCACCAAACAUCAUUUUACUGAAUUUUGGCUUUCAGUUGCAGUUAAAGAUCAUGAGGGUGGGCCGAUGGGAGGUGGGAGCAGAAGGCAGGGGCACUCCACCAGAACGGACCUGCUCAUCCAAUACUCUGAAACUUGCACCCAUGAAUAUACUUUCUAAAAGCAUUUGCUCUGUUGUAAAAGCUCAGUCUGGAAGGAAAACAAUUCUUUCCACGGGAGUCAGCUUUUCUUUUUUUUAUGGUAAAUGCAAAUACAUAGCUCAUCCCAAAGAUCACCUCCAUGGGAAUCUUCAUGGUUUCCCUAGGCAUAUUUCUAAUGAAUAGAUAACUUUGCAUUUACAUCUUAGCAAUAUUUUUGUCUCUUCCAUUCAGCCUCACUGGGGAGAAAAAUCCACUAGAUAUUCAGUCAUACCAGUCAGAAUAAAGAAACAAAGUGAAAGUACUCCUUCGAGAUUUUAUAAUUCAAGCAGACGUUUUUUUGAAAUUGCUCCCAUGUAGGAUAAAUAGCUCCAGUCCACUGCAUAUAGUGGAAAUUACAUCUGAGCUGAAUUUAUUUAAAAGCAAGCAAACAAACAAAUGCCCAAAUGUUAAAUUAUUUAAUAACUAGAAAACAUUUCCGUAGUAAAAUGUGAUAGGAGAACUCAAGUUAAGGAAGUUCAAGAAAAAUGGUUCUCAACAUUUUCACGUUGGGUCACAACAGAAGAGAGCUCUAGGGCCACCUUUUCCCACCGCACUGUGAAAAGGGAGCAACUGAAAUCCCUGAGACUCUUUAAAAAAGAGUGGCUGGUGCAAACACUUCUUGAUAAGCCACGUUCACACUAGAUAGGGGAUUGUCAACAGCCUAGAAAAUACUAUUUCAUCAUUGUUUCCACAGAUGCCAUGGAUUCGCUUUCAGUUGGGCUUGUGACUUUUCCUACCUGCCAUCAGAAAUGGCUGCUGGCAGAGGGAAGGCGGUGACAACAGCCCAACAACAUUUCCCCAGACCUCCUCUCUUCAGAUUCCCUGUGCCGGUUCUUCUCUCCCCUCGCAAUUAUUUCUAGUGACCUCCUUGUCAUUGCUUCUCACAGUGAUUUGAGCUCCCCGUCCAAGUUCGAAGUCAGGCCCACGUACCAGUCGCUCUGCAAGGCCCAGGGGAGCCUCUCCAUCCUGGGAGACUUGUGCUGCCAGACAAACUGGGGACACACAGGGCCUUAAGCGAGGCUGAUUGCAUUGAGACUUGUCUUCCUCUGAAAGCGACGUUAAAUCAGUGUGGACAAGGGAAAGCUUUCCACCUCCGUCCAUUUCUCUCUGAUCUGUUCAGUGCAAUGUCCAAGUUAGGAGUAAUUUCCCAGUGUCCUCAAGGGCUCAGUCCUUACCCCAUUGGCAUGAACAGAACUUCACUCAGGGGGAAUAGGGUCACGGAUGGACAAAACAGGAGGAGAGACCCUACGUGUCUGGCAAGUCUCUUUUUUGGUGAGAGGCUUGCAAACCCUCAAAACCGUAGGAGAGGCUGUCUUCUGCCUCUGCUCUCCUCCAGGAGCCCAUCAAAGGAGGGAGCACUCGUCACCUGCUUGCUCCUCCUCCACAGGCUGACAUGGCUCUCGACAAUCAGAAAAACAGGGUCAACUUUUACAAGAGGCCUUGUGUUCCAUGAAGUUAAUCAGCAUAUGAGCAACUAGUCUUUCUUUCAUUAACUAAGCUUCCUUCCUUAGAAAGAUGAGGAUGAAAAAGAUGAGCAGCCCUAUUUAAAAUCAAGGAUGUCUCUUAAUGUGUAGUCCUUUUUUUUUUUUUUUUUUUUUUUUUUUUUAACAGGGAGGUGACAUACAGAGUGUACACCCACCUAAACUCACUUACUCAGAGCUCGCAUCUACUAGAUUACACCAGUAGAUGUUGCUUUUCCAGCCCCGUAUCCACAGCUAGCAAAGUGCUCUGUUAGAAGGAAUCUGCUGCACACCUUGUGCCAGCCACCACCAUGCAACCUUGUAACAGGAAAAUACACUGAAGUGAAGCUUUGGCUCUGUCACAGCGAGCAGCAAAACUCUCGCUAGCUUCAUCUGCGUUAGUAUUUCAUCAUCUCUGCAGAGGGGUGGAAGAGUUUAUUCCUUGCAAAUGGGAGGCGGGGAACAAACACAGUAAGUUCCAGCGUGUAACUUAAAAAUGGGUUGCACAACAUAGGGGAGCCCAAAGUUUCUCUGCCGUUCUACACUCCUCUUGCUUCCAAUAGUCUGAGAAGCUGGUAGCAGCUAUGCCCAGUCUCAUCGAAGGUUUUAUCUUCAGCUCUGGCUCAUCACAGUUGUUUCUGGAACUCUAGGGAUGAGGCAGCAGCUUAAGGUGUAUCCGUAAUUAGUAAUAGUCUUUUCUAUUGUAUCAUAAAUGUAACCGUACUGUAGCAAUUGAGCGUUGCAAUAUUUUAUUUGUAUAUAUCAACCCUACACCUAGGUAUUCUGCUUGUAAAGCUCAUCUAUAUGCAUCAUACAUCUCCAUGCCAUAUUGACUGUAUAUGUGCCUUUCACCCUUUUUCAUGGCUUGUCAUCUUUUUUAAAAUGACUGCAGAACUUGAAUAAAUCAGUGAACUACAGUUAAAAGUCCUAUGCAAGACGUGACUGGGAAUUAAAUCAUCAACAUUUCUGCAUUUUUAUGUUGUUUUAAAAGUAGAUGCUGGGAUUUUCAGAGAACCCAGCAGAAUUAAUUCCCUAAAAAGCUGACCACUUUGGUUGCUAAAUCUCUUAGACAGCUUCGAAAAGCUCAGCCUAAAACCUGAUUCCUCACCAGUUUGUGCAUGAAGACUAUUAGUGACAUAACUACCACCAGCACUUCGCCAAAACAGACUGUGUUCAAUAUCCAUUUUGUUUUUUGUUUUUUUCUUUCAAAUUGUAGUCAAAAGAGAAAGUGCUAUUUGGGCUGAAAGGGUUGCCUUAAACCUUCUUUCAAAUGCAUUUGAGAACAUUAUUUUCUGUUUUUACCAGCUGUUCCCUACCCUCACCACACCACUGCUCUGAAGAAGAGCAAAUACUGAGAGCAUAUGCAGCUGAUCUGUUUAGGGUACGUACCCCGUAGAGGAACUGGGAGCACAAACAAACAAGCAGAUUAACACACAGUAGUUCUCCAUCAGCCGUGUUCUGCCCAAGGGUGAUUAGACUCUAUUGUAUGUCUUACAAUAGUGGGACAACUUCGAAAACCGGAUUUUGAGAAGACAAAAAAGGCCCCACAUUUUCUACAUCACCAAUGCUGUAGAACUGAAAUGUAGGUCGAACUUUACAAAGUCUGUCCUUUCUGUGUGCUACGUGUUAAAGCAAUGUAAGGAAGGUUAGUAGAGAAAGGAUGCCUACUUGUCAUAGGACAUCAUUUAAACAUCUGCCAUGUGUCGAGAGACUGAAGGACACAACUGCCUGGAAUAUGUUAUGUAGUGUGCCUGUGUGUAUGUAACAUGGUUUUGGUUGUUAGAUUGUAAUGCUGUCUUUUGACUGAAAAAAAAAUCUAAUAUAAAGGAAAAACACAAGAAAUAAAAAAAGAUAUAUUUAAAGCCUA